AUGGCAAGAUUUUCAGGCAAAGGCGACCGCAAGAGCAAAAUGUUGACAAUUCAAGCAACAGAUGCUCGGGGUGAUCCUUUCUUCAAACGUAGUUUCAAGAUCUUCAAGAAGGUAAUUGAACUCUGGACCUUAUGUGCUCUAGAAAAUGUCUUUGUCGUCCUAUUUUUAGGUGGCAAGGCAUUUUAUAUUGGCAACCCCCCAAUUUACACUUCGAAAACCUGUAGGCAGCCAUAUUUUGAUGAAAUCGAUCUUGAAAUAGAUAUGGAAAAAGCUACUCUACUUCGGUGUAUCAAAAAGGCCUCUGAUGAACCCAAAAAAGAUAAAGCUAAAUCUAUUGUAAUUGAGAAACUCAAGAAGGCAAGCAUAGAGAACGAAAGACAGGGCCUAAACCCGUAUAAACUGCCCAAUGAUCUCAGCAUUGAGGAGUUUGCAAUAGUAGAAGAAAUGGUUCUUGAGUGCAUGGCGAAGGUGUGGAAACGUCAAAAAGAACUUGGCACUGAGGUGGCUACUUCAACUCCGAUAUCUGGUGGAGAAAGCAAUGAUUCUCUUGAUGGUUCCAGCAAGAAUGAUUCCUCCGGUGAUGAUGGUCAUGAACAUUGA